AUGAAACGAGACAUCUGCACUGGCAUAGUUGAUCAAAUCAGACAGAAAGCAAAAGGGUGGUCUACAAGACACCUCUCCCCGGCUGGGAAAAUGACACUCCUCAAAGCUGUCCUCUCAGCAAUGCCUAACCACUCCAUGUCCUGCUACAAAUUGCCUAAAUCCUUGUGUAAGAGAAUCCAAUCUGCGCUCAUCAGAUUCUGGUGGGAUUCAAAACCUGAUGAGAGAAAGAUUUCAUGGGUAGCAUGGUCAACAAUGACGAAAUCAAAACGAGAUGGAGGCUUAGGAUUUAGAGACAUCCAAUGUUUUAACGACGCCUUGCUAGCUAAGCUGAGCUGGAGGAUUAUGAAUUCACCUGAGUGUUUGCUAGCCAGAAUCAUGAAAGGAAAAUACUUCCCGUACCAAGACCUCCUCCAAGCUACCGCCCCAAACUCUUGCUCCCACGGUUGGCGGGGUAUUUUGAUAGGCAGAAACCUCCUUCGCGACCACUUAGGUUGGGCCAUUGGUGAUGGUGAAUCCGCAAGUGUGUGGAAAGACUUGUGGCUCUCAACCUCCGCGUGUGAAUGCCCUAUUGCCCCACCAACAAAAGACUCAGAAUUUAUCAAAGUCGCUGGGCUUUUCCUAUCAAGCGAAAGAGAAUGGGACGCUGGGAAGGUCCAAGCACUGCUCCCGCACCUGAAAGACAACAUUUUGAGCAUCAAACCUAGCAAAAAAGGGGGACCAGACAAAAGAAUCUGA